AUGGCAGAUCACUUUGGAGGCGCAAUCUCUCUCUCUCGAGAACUCUCCCACACCUCUGAUGACUCCUCCUCCGAUCAUAGCCCAAGAAGUGUCCCUACACUCUCCGCCACUCCUGUAACUGCAGACUCUCCAUCAAGACUUGGUCGACCCCACAACAAUACCUCUCCUGAUGAUCACAUCCACCAUAACAACAUCCAAUCAGUUCAGAUCCAGAGAAAGCCAAGAGGCAGACCUCCGGGCUCAAAAAACAGGCCUAAACCACCCAUUAUCAUCACCAAAGACUGUGAAUCCUCCAUGAAACCAGCCAUCCUCGAGAUCUCCGCUGGUUCUGAUGUAAUCGAAGCCAUCGUCAACUUUGCUCGUAGAAACCAUGCGGGCAUAAGUGUUAUAAGUGCAACUGGGUCUGUUGCUAAUGUUACUCUUCGCCACCCAGUUUCUCAUACUCCUUCUCUAUCUCUACAUGGACCGUUUAACUUGCUUGCAUUGUUUGGCUCUGUUGUUGGUUCUCUCGCAACAAACAAAGCAUCAUGCGCUUCUUCUCCUCCUGGUUCUGCAGUGCAUUCUUGUUCUUCUUUUGGGAUAUCUCUUGCAGGGGCACAAGGGCAGGUUUUUGGAGGGAUAGUGGCUGGAAAGGUGAUAGCUGCAACGCAAGUUGUGGUGGUGGCAGCUACUUUCUUGAACCCUACGUUUCACAGGCUACCAGGUGAGAAUGAUGAGGCUGACCAAGAGACUAAACCUAGUGUUGGUGGUGGUCCUGCAAGCGAGUCUUGCGUUAGUACUGGCAUGUCCAUGGCUGUUUAUGGUGUGGCUAAUCCAACUCCAGCCAAUUGCCAGAUGUCUCCUCCCGAAAUUAUGCACUGGCCGGGUCCUCCCUCGCGUCCAUCUUAUUAG